GCUCGUUACAAUCGCACAUAUAUAUUACGUCGACCAUCCUACCUUCCGCCUAUAGAACUUCAAGACGAUGAUGUUCCCUAGGAGGGCCCUGGCAGUCGUGCACCGACAGUAUGUCCGAGAACUGUCCACUCGUGCGUCGGCGGUGCUCUCCGCUGUUGGUAUUCCUGCAGAUGGUGAGCUGCCCGGUGUGUAUCAUGGGGAAUGGGUGGGCUCUGGGGAUAUUCUCGAGAGCGUAUGUCCCACAACUGGUGAGGUCCUGGCGCGCGUUCGCUCCGCUUCCCCUCAAGAACUUCAGACAGCAUUGGAGAAGUCCAAGGAGGCAUACACUUGGUUCAGAACGAUGCCAGCUCCGAAGAGGGGAGAGAUACUCCGGCAAAUCAGGGAGGCGUUGGCUACGAAGCGUGAUGAGUUAGGUGCGCUCGUAUCCCUCGAGAUGGGAAAAAUCAAGACAGAGGGAACUGGCGAGGUGCAAGAGUUUAUUGACAUAGCUGACUACGCCGUUGGUCUGUCACGCAUGAUGAAUGGUCGAGUCGUUGCCUCUGAGAGAGCAGGGCAUAGUAUUCUCGAAGUCCCCAACCCUUUGGGUGUUGUCGCGGUCCUCUCUGCCUUUAACUUCCCGGUGGCUGUCUACGGAUGGAACUUGGCACUCUCACUCGCUGCUGGCAAUGCCACGCUCUGGAAGCCCUCUCCGAGUACCUCACUCUGUUCGAUUGCUAUCACGAAAAUUAUCUCGGGAGUACUGGAGAGGAAUGGCAUACCAGGUGCUGUUGCUGGACUUGUAACCGGAGGGAAGAGUGUCGGCGAAGCGGUCGUCGAAAGUCAGGACGUUGAUAUGGUAUCCUUCACUGGCAGCGAAGCUGUUGGUCGACAAGUAGGUAAGGUAGUACAGAGUCGCUUCGGAAAGGUGCUGCUCGAACUUGGCGGAAACAAUGCAUCCAUAAUCAUGCCCGAUGCCGACCUCGACCUCGCAGUGCCUGCUGUCUUCUUCGGUGCUGUCGGGACGGCUGGACAGCGCUGCACUUCCACGAGAAGGCUGUAUCUGCACCGGGACAUCGCCCCAGCCUUCAUCGAACGUCUUCAGUCACUCUACGCGACCAUUCGCCCAGGGGAUCCACUCGAUCAAGCGACCCUCCUCGGCCCCCUGCACACGCGCGCUGCAGUGGGGAUCUACUCUAACGCCGUGGACCGUUUGCGCAAGGAGGGUGCCCAGAUCCUCGCCGGUGGCACGCCGUACCAAGGCUUGGCGAAGCCGCUCGACGGCGGUAACUUCGUCAUGCCGACCAUCGCGGUACCGACUUCAGUCAACGUGAAGGACGCCGUGUGGAGUCGGGAGACGUUCGCACCUGUGCUCUGUGUCGGCGUAUUUGACGAACUCGAACAGGCGAUUGCGUGGAACAACGGUGCUCCCCAGGGAUUGAGCAGUAGCUUAUGGACGAGGGAUCUGCGCAAUGUUGGUAAGUGGAUCGGGCCAGCGGGGUCCGAUGCGGGCAUUGUCAACGUGAACGUCGGCACAAGCGGCGCUGAAAUUGGGGCAGCUUUCGGAGGGAACAAGAGCACUGGAUGGGGUCGUGAGUCGGGCGGCGAUGCCUGGAAACAAUACGUGCGCUGGAGUGCUUGCACCAUCAACUUCUCAGACGAAGCCCCGCUCGCUCAAGGCGUGCAAUUCUCUCCUACGGCGUGAACGGCCGGCAAGCGUGAUCUUCUGGGACGGUCUCAGUCGGGGGCCCUGCGAAGGAUUACCUCUGGUACGACUUGAGGCUUGUCCCCGAAUAUCGAGUUCUCUUCGUGACAUCUUCGGUGAUCAUUACCUCCAAUUGUUGAUACAUACAAUAGUCGCAGCAGGCCGAAUACUGCACUUACUAUAU